AUGAGCUCGGGAUCCGAGCCCCGGACACCCCGGACACCCUUCAGCAUCGCAGACAUCUUAGGCCCGCUCAUGGUUCCCCGAGGAUCCUCUGCGUCGCAGCUUCCAGAGUCGAACCAAGGUCCCACGUCGCCGCUGUGCGCGCUGGAGGAGCUGACUAGUAAAACUUUCCGCGGACUUGACGGGCACGCUCCGCAGCCCUCUGAAGGCCGCGCGGCCCGGGGCGCGCUGGGCCCGGCCGGCCGCAGACGGCGGAAGUCACGCACGGCGUUCACCGCGCAGCAGGUGCUGGAGCUGGAGCGGCGCUUCGUCUUCCAGAAGUACCUGGCACCGUCGGAGCGUGACGGGCUGGCGGCGAGGCUCGGCUUGGCCAACGCGCAGGUCGUCACGUGGUUCCAGAACCGGCGCGCCAAGCUCAAGCGCGACGUGGAGGAGAUGCGCGCCGACCUGGCCUCGCUGCGCUCACUGUCCCCCGAAAUCCAGUGCCGCCUCGCGCUGCCUGACGGCGCCCCAGGCCUCGGCCCUGGCCCUGCCCGGCCUGACUCUGGGCCCCACCUGUCAGACGAAGAGAUACAGGUGGACGAUUGAAGGCAAAGCCGCCUCCAGGGCUCUGGGGCGCUGGCCU